CCCAUCUGGGCCCUGGCGGUCGGAACCCCUGAUAAGACUGGCGGCCGGCCGUGAGGGGAAGGCGAGCGGAGUGGGGACUGUUUGUUGAUACUUAUCAUGCAACAGGGCCCAAGGUUACACCCGCAGGUGGUAUGGAGCCAUCUCGAGUGAGUGAAUCCAUUCAUUCAUGUCUGUCACCCAACUGAGUUAAUAAUAAACAUGGCCACCCCGACCGUGAGACAUGCCAGGCUCCCCUGGCUUCCCUUUCUGAGCUCCGCCCCCCCUUCCCCCCCUACUAACGUGACUUACUCUGCCUCCCAGGGGAUCUACUCUCUUUCUUCAACCAUUCUCAUCCCUUCCUUUCUAAUCCUACCUUGAGUGCUGUUUGCUAGGGUGGGAUGAUCUAUCUAUCUUGAAAUUCCACCAUGCUUCUCUCCCGCUUUUGGCCAGUGUUUGUUACACUGGUCACCGUCUCUGCCGUCAAGGUCAAUCCCUUGCCUGCUCCCCGCAAUAUCUCCUGGACUGGCUCCGGCCCCAAGAACCUAGCUGGCUUUGUGACGCUCCGUGCUACUCAGGAUACCAACGACUCGAUCCUCGCCAAUGGAUGGGAUCGCGCCUGGAAGACCAUAGUCUCCCUGCAGUGGGUGCCCGCUGCCACAGAAGCUCCUUUCCCUUCCUUCCAGCCCUUCCCGACCGACACUGCUGGGCUCUCCAAGAGGGCCAAGCGCGCCUUAUCAUCGAUCCAGUAUGUGGACGUCGCGGUGUCGGAUAUCGACGCCGAUCUCCAGCAUGGAGUGGACGAGUCCUACACGCUUGAGGUCACAGACGAUUCUUGCUCGGUGGUCAUCCAAGCGCCAACUGUGUGGGGUGCGCUUCAUGCCUUUACCACCCUCCAGCAGCUCAUCAUCUCCGACGGCCAGGGCGGUCUGAUAAUCGAGCAGUCAGUGAAGAUCCAGGAUGCGCCGCUGUAUCCCUAUCGAGGCAUCAUGGUCGACACCGGCCGCAAUUUUAUAUCCAUCAACAAGAUCUACGAGCAGCUGGAUGGCAUGUCGCUCUCCAAGUUGAACGUGCUGCACUGGCAUAUGGAUGAUAGUCAGUCAUGGCCUAUGCAGAUUGACGCAUACCCAGAAAUGAUCCUUGAUGCGUACUCCUCGCGCGAGAUUUUCUCGCACACCGACAUGCGUAAUGUUGUCGCAUAUGCGCGGGCUCGAGGCAUCCGAGUCAUCCCGGAAGUUGACAUGCCCGGCCAUUCUGCAGCCGGAUGGAAGCAGGUCGACCCUGAGAUGGUCACCUGUGUCGACUCCUGGUGGUCCAACGAUGACUGGGCCUUGCAUACCGCGGUGGAGCCGGUCCCCGGUCAGAUGGAUAUAAUUUAUAAUGGAACGUACGAUGUGGUGCGGAACGUCUACAACGAGCUGUCGGAUAUCUUCCCGGACCACUGGUUUCACGUGGGGGCGGACGAACUGCAGCCCAACUGCUACAACUUCAGCCGUUAUGUCACGGAGUGGUUUGCGGAGGACCCCUCGCGCACUUACAAUGACCUGGCUCAGUACUGGGUAGACCAUGCGGUGCCGAUCUUCCAGAACUAUAGCUCCUCGCGCCAGUUGAUCAUGUGGGAAGACAUUGUCCUGUCGACCGAACACGCGCACGAUGUGCCCAAGAACAUUGUGAUGCAGAAUUGGAAUAACGGCCUGGAGUACAUUAGCAAGCUGACGGAGCUAGGCUACGACGUGAUCGUGUCCUCGUCUGACUUCAUGUACCUAGACUGCGGCCUGGGAGGGUUUGUCACGAACGACCCUCGAUACGACGUCAUGAGCAACCCAGAUGCGAGCACGCCGAACUUUAACUACGGUGGCAACGGGGGAUCCUGGUGUGCCCCAUACAAGACCUGGCAGCGCAUCUACGAUUACGACUUUACGACAAACCUCACCGAUGCGCAGGCCAAACAUAUCGUUGGAGCUGCGGCGCCGUUGUGGUCCGAGCAGGUCGACGAUGUCACCGUGUCCAGCCACUUCUGGCCGCGGGCGGCCGCUCUCGCCGAGCUGGUGUGGUCCGGCAACCGUGAUGAGGAGGGAAACAAACGGACGACGUGGAUGACACAGCGCAUCCUGAACUUCCGCGAGUAUUUGGUUGCGAAUGGAGUACAAGCAACAGCUCUCGUGCCCAAGUACUGUCUGCAGCAUCCUCACACGUGCGACUUGUACCGCAACCAGAGUGUUGUCCAAUAAGAGGACCUUUUGAUUUUGGCUGGAUAUCUUGCGAACGAUGUUCAUGAUACGCACUCUUGGCAUAUUGAUCUAGUUCUGGAAUUUAGCUACAUAGUCAAUCACAUGUUAUGCUUAUAUUACAC